GGUCGGAAACCAGCGUUUCUCUGGAUUCAUGGUUUUCCCCAUAUCUUCACGCUCAAAAGGUGAAUCAUAGGUUGAAAAUCGAUGCCAAUCUACAAAAUAAGGGGAAUCAAUGUCGAUUUCCCUUUCGAGGCAUACGAUUGUCAAAUUGUUUACAUGGAGAAAGUCAUUGAAUCUUUACAAACUAAAUCUAAUGCAUUAUUGGAGAGUCCAACUGGUACAGGGAAAACAUUAUGUCUUCUUUGUGCAACAUUAGCGUGGAGAAAAAGCUUAGGUGCCUUCUCUCAUGGAGUUUCUGCAUUUAAAGGUAAAGGAAAUAAAGAUGAUGGACCAAGUUCACAAUCUGAAAAGAAAAAUACUGGUUUACCUACUAUAGUGUACACUUCAAGAACUCAUAGCCAGCUCCAGCAAGUUAUUCAAGAAUUGAAAAGAACUAAUUACAGGCCCAAAAUGACUGUGCUAGGUUCGCGGGAGCAGUUGUGCAUUCACGAUAGUGUAAAAAUGCUUCAGGGGAAAGCUCAAACAAAUGCCUGUCAUUUUAUUUGUAAAAAACGCGAGUGCAAGCAUCAAAGACAAGUUCCAGACUAUUUAAAGGGUAAUCCUUAUCUUGGAGACGAACCUGUUGAUAUAGAGGACCUGGUCAACAUUGGAAGAAGUCACGGAGCGUGCCCUUAUUACGUAUCUCGAGAGCUCCACAAGGUUGUCGAUAUUGUAUUUGCUCCGUAUAACUAUCUCAUCGACCAUGGUAACCGCGGUUCUCUUGCAAUUGACUUUCAAAAUUGUGUACUUAUAUUCGAUGAAGCCCACAACUUGGAAGGCAUUUGUGCAGAUGCAGCCUCCUUUGACUUGCCAUCUGGGCUGCUUACUGCUUGCAUAUCUGAAGCAAAAAAGUGUAUUGACCUUGCUGUUGCAAGGAGGGCAAUUGAAAAAUCAAAUGAAAAAUCUCUGAAUCCAGAUAACUUUGCUAUUCUUAAAGCUCUCUUACUGAAGCUGGAGAAGCGGAUAGCUGAAGUUUCUAUUGAUUCCAAAGAAUUGGGUUUUACUCGACCAGGGCCUUACAUAUAUGAGUUACUUACUGAACUAAACAUCACACACGAAACAUCAAAUAUGCUAAUCGAUACAAUUGAGAACGCUUCUUUGCUUCUUGAGGAUGCUGAAAGUGCAACUGAAAGUGGAUCAAACACCAACAAGCAAAAGAGCACCACAGCAUGCCGUCUGGAAAGUAUGAGUGACAUUCUUAAGACAAUCUUCAAUAAUGGUGAAGUGGCUCAUUCAAAAUCCUACCGUGUUCAUGUGCAAGAAGUUGAAGCCUAUGGCUCAGAAUCCGUUAAAGCCAAAAAGACAUCAAGAACGCUCAGCUGGUGGUGCUUCAAUCCUGGGAUCACAAUGGCUGAAUUCUCCAAGUUGGGUGUUGGUUCUAUCAUUUUAACAUCUGGCACAUUAUCUCCCUUGGACUCGUUUGCGCAGGAACUGAAGUUAGAAUUUCCUAUUCGGUUAGAGAAUCCUCAUGUUAUUUCAGCAAACCAAAUUUGGGCUGGAGUCGUAUCUGGUGGUCCAUCUGCUCGCUCUUUUAAUUCUUCUUAUCGGAAUCGAGACUCCAUAGAAUAUAAGCAAGAACUUGGGAAUGCUAUUGCAAAUUUUGCUCGGAUUGUACCGGAUGGGCUUCUUGUUUUCUUCCCAUCCUACUACUUACUGGACCAGUGCAUUGGUUGCUGGAAGGAUUUGGGUCAUGCAGGCUCCACAACCUCGACCACUAUCUGGGAAAGGAUAUGCAAAAAUAAGCAGCCUGUGGUGGAACCCAGGCAAUCUUCACUGUUCUCUUCCGCUAUUGAGGACUACGCUACUAAGUUAAAAGACUCCUCUACUUCUGGUGCAAUCUUUUUUGCUGUUUGCCGUGGCAAGGUGAGCGAGGGAUUAGAUUUUGCCGACCAUGCUGGGAGAGGUGUCAUAAUCAUUGGUAUGCCAUUUGCCAUGAGGAAUGAGCCUAAGGUUCGUCUUAAACGUGAAUACUUGGAUCAACAAGCUUUGACACAAAAGAAUGGACAAAAGGGUUUGACUGGAGAGGAGUGGUACAGCCAGCAAGCAUCAAGGGCUGUCAAUCAGGCUGUAGGCCGUGUCAUCCGUCAUCGCCAUGAUUAUGGAGCAAUAAUAUUCUGUGACGAAAGGUUUGCAUAUCCAAAUAAUCAGAAGCAAAUGUCGCUUUGGAUGCAACCUCAUAUUAAGUGCUACUCUAAAUUUGGGGAAGCAGUCUUCACAUUGACUCGUUUUUUCCGAGAUAUAAAGAUAUCUAAUCCUAUGAAGCCAAAGUCAACACAGAACAUAGGAAAGCGCUCUCAUGCUACAAACUCAAUGCUGAAUGAACGGAUGCAAGAUAGUUUAUCGGUAUUGCAGUCAUCAAAUCUGGUCCAUGUUUCUCAUUUAGGUAACAGUGGCGGGGUAAAGGUCAACGAGUCUCUGGACAUGUUUUCUACAAUGAAAACGCAAAAGCGUUUGGCUACUUCAACAGAAAAUAAUGGCUCGGAAGGUUUAUUAUCUUCUGAUCUUGCAGCCAGUAGAAGAAGCAACAUUAGUAACCAUAUGGAAAGAGUUGUAGCUGCCAACCAGUCAAUUCUAAGUCCUCACGUCCAUAGUAGCCCCUCAACCUUUAAUCACUUAAGAGGAUUACAUAGAGGAAACAAAUUGCAGACUUCUAGUUCUGAUUCAGAGAGGAAUGACCUUCCAUAUCAGAAAUCUGAAGUGGUUGAUUUGACUAGUAAUUCACAUUGGGAUGAACAGUUGAGCACAUCCAAAUUUAUUGUAGCCUGUUCUUCAAAGAAACCUAAAAUACUGAAGUCGGAUACUGAUUUAGCAUUCAAUACAAAUUCCUCCGCCAAACAUGGAAAUCAGUCACAGGUCUCUCAAUGCAAGUCAGAAGAUCUUGAUGAUAAUAGUAUUAGGAUUAAAGGUAUGCAACAUGCGCAAGUAGAUACUGUGGUUGUGCUUGAGGAUGAUAUUAGAACAGAGAAAACUGAUUUAAAACACAAGCACGUUUCUACUGGUCCUGCACCUAGUGGCGAGGAAACCAGAGGAGCUAAUUUUCUGAUCAAGGUUCAAGAGAAGCUCACACCCGAGGAAUAUAAAGAGUUUGUGGGGUAUAUGAAGGCACUGAAGUCUAAAACGAUGAAGAUAAAUGAUGUGCUGCAGUCGAUUGUGAGGUUAUUUUCCACUCCAGAGAGGUUUCUUCUACUAACAAGGUUUAAGGAUUUUGUCCCUGCAAAGUAUCGUCCUAUGUACGAGCAGUAUCUUAAAAACUCAUGAUGCAAUGUGCAUUCAGUAAUUGUUUCGGAAAGCCUCAUGCCAACUCCUGUAUUAGCACUCUUGAAGGGACCCAGAUAUGUGGGAGGUAUAAUUUCUCUGACUUGUGACGUUGUUCCUAUUUUUGAGGUGAUUUGCAUACUACUUCCGUCACACCACAAGUGAGCUUUGGAGAAGGUUAUCCGUACUCUGAGUAUCAUCAUUGCGGUUAUUGAAGUAAGAGUUUUGUUUUGGACAAGUCUUAACUGUUAACAGUGUUCUUGAGAGAGCUUCAAAUGUAAUGAAAUUAAAUGUGUAAUUUUAGAAAAAAUCUACCAUGUGCACAAUUGGUACAUGGUAGUAUUCUUUUUAGAAAA